AUGGGUUAUUCAAAACCUCGAUUGCCGGUUUUGUUUCAGUUUUGGUAUUCAUCUGUGGUAGCUUGAGUUUUGGUGUUUGCCUGCGUUUGAUAUUCAAAUUCGUCUGUAAGGUUUAGUUUUCGGAGAUCGUUUGGCUUGUAAUGUUCGUGUGUGGUAAUUUUGUUUAAGUUUUCGUCAGUGGUAGCCUGGAUUUUGUUGCUUGUGUGGGGUUAAAGAAAUUCCAUUUCUUAAAUUUUUGUUUACUUUCCAUUAAUUUUUUUUGUUUAUAUGCAUUCAAUUUUCCACAAAUUUUGUCGGUUUUCUGAUUGUUUUAUUUAAUUUGACAUAGUUAACAAAUCGACGUAACAUUAAGAACGUCGACGUGGGCAGGUGGCGCAACAACGCGUGACGAUAUCGUCGCUGCAGGAGGCGCUAGUAACGACGAAGCAGACGUGCGACGUCCUCAGGGCUCAGCUGGACGAAGAAUUCGAGCAGAGCAAGCAAGAGAUCGAAUACUUACGUAUGGAGAACGCCGCUCUUAUGGAGCACAUGGAGCACUCGAACACCCAUGCUCCAUAUGGGACAGUCCCUACUCCAUCUGAGAUUGUCCCGCCAUACUACGGGACGAUCGUGCCACAAGUGGGACGAGAAGCAAUAGAAUGGGACUUUUUGAAGCAUGGGACUUAUGAAUUCGAUGAAAGAGAUGAGUUGGGACGCAGAAGAUUUAGUGAUAGGAAUCUGGAGUCAGAGCGCCUUAAAUUAAUUAAAUUAAAUGCAGAAAAGGAACAAGAUACUUUAAGAGUUAAGAACAUCGAUACUAAUGCAGACGAUGAGACCAAUGAAGCACGCGCCUGUGACGGUUGCAAAACCAAAUGCAAAGUCAGCACCUGCGGCGAAAGUUCUAGCGAUGUCAAAUUUAUAAACGAAAUUAAGAAUGACAGAAACGUACCAAGAUAUACCAGAGAAAUAGAAAAGGAUGAUAAUGAAGGUAAAGUUAUUCAAAUUGACGAAAAGAGUGCACGUGAGGCUGUCGAAAGGAAUGGAGAACGCAAGGACACUACACAAGAACGGUCGAUGGUCCAAGUUGGGAGUGGAUGCAAAAAGUUUGAAAAGUUCGAUAAGAAAGCGCGUAAUGAGGUUGACUUUGUGCAAAGAUCGAGCCGUGAAAAUCUUUUGAGAAGUUUUUCUAGAGAAACUUCCGUUGGAUCGGUGGAUGCUGUAGAAAAAUCCGAGGAAGAUUUAGGUGGAUGCAUAACACAAGGCUGGGUGCCUGUGGCUCGCGCGAGGAUGUGGCGGAGGACAUCCACAUCGAGUGUCCGCAUGGAGGCAGGUGGGGGUUCACCGGAGGGCAGUAAACCCCCCGGGGAGGACGGCCCCCAGGCGCUCGUGCUCGGCCUCCUGACGGAGUGUAACGCCCUGGAGCAGCAGAUUUCGGAGCUGAUGGAAGAUAACAGUCGCCUGGAGGGGACCUCAGUCGUGCAGGCGAGACAGCUGACGGAGAUCAGGCGUCUGGCAGCGGACAGACAGAGGGAGAUUACUCGUCUGCAGCAAGUGAUCCAGCAGGCGAAUGAUAAUAAUAAGUCCUUGACGUUAGAACUUCAGCAGGCGAGUGCUGAGUGCAGUUAUUUGAAGGCAGAAAUUGAGCAGGCGAAUGUAAAAAUUCAAUUAAAAAAUGAAGAGAAUGAAAUGAUAUGUCAGGCAAAUCAGCAGGCGGUUAAGAAAUUAAUGCUUGCCAUAAAAGAAAAAAACAACUUAGAAGAGAAAUUAAAUGUAUUAGUGGAGGAAAAAUUAAAUCUAGAGCAUAAAUUAAAUUGUUUCGACGCUGAAAUGGAAGAAACCAGAAAAGAAAGUGCUCACACGAAGGAGGAUGUUGACGUUAUAGUCAUGGAAACAACCUACGGAACGUCAACAGGACCCAGCGACGGCGUUAACAAUCCACCACAAUCUGCAUCGGCGGUCACUCUGGCCUGCGAGGCGCCUGCGAAUGGCUCAAUCGAGGACCCCAAUAUUGGAAGGGCUGGCCAUCUUAGCCUCGAAGUUACGCCGAAGCCUCCAAACAAUUCCAGUCACGCGAUUCCGGACGCCGAUGAAGAGGAUCUGCCAAUAUUGCCUUCGUGCGCGGCCACCGCGACCGCAGGCUUCGACUUCGCCGCGGCCUUCACAAAAACCGGAGACUUGGACCACGAAUGCCCAAUGACCGCCGGAGAUGCGGACGACGAAGAGCGGCGGAUUUCUCGUCCGGAAGGAGCAAUCGGAGGCGACGCGUCCGUCGCUCCGACGGCUCAAGAGGCCGUCGAGUGGACUGAAAAACUGAGCGCAAUUAAAGCGGAAUGUGAGAGACUCGUCCGAGAGGGAAGACAACUGCAGCACUGCAACGCUGCACUGCAGCAACAGGUGGAGGCGCUGGCAGAGGAGCGCGCAGAGCUGCAGGAGGCACUGAAGCAGAGCACCGUCCGUCUCAGGGACGCUCUGAACGAGCGCAGCCGCCUGGCCCAGACUGCCGCUCGGGUGGUGUGGGGGGUGCGGGGGUGGUCGCAGGGGGCGACGCGCCUGCUGUCUGUGCUGCAGGAGACAGGCGAACAGACGACGCCCCUCAAACACCGUCUGCUCGUCAACACUGAAAGACGUCUCCUGAUAGAGCGCAACGCAGCAUUACAGUCUGCAAAUUGGGAGCUUCUGCAACUACUGCGCUCCCGUCAAAAUCGAACAUCACCUGAAAAUAAAAAUAUUGAAAGAACACUUUUAACUUCCAAACCACACCAAGAGGCUCAUGUAAACACACAUCUGCCUGAAAAAGGCUGCUUGAACCUCAACGACUUUGAAAGAAAACUUUGUUUUGAAAUGCAUGACGAACGAGACAACAUUUCAGUGAAUAAUGAGACCAGCAGCCGAGUAUCUGCCGAGAACGGCGCAGACGUGGUAAAUGACACCGUAAAUAUUCAGGAAAAUGUCAUGUUCCCGCAUGGACUGAAGAAUGAGGAUGAUGCCAUCGUACAGCAGGAGACGUAUAUGCUCUGUUGA